AUGGGCGAUAACAAGGUCUUUGCGGUGACCGUGUUCUUCAUCGUCUUUCGAGAAUGCCUCGAGACGACUGUUGUCGUGUCGGUGCUCUUGGCAUUUUUGAAGCAAUCCUUGGGACAAGGAGAUGAUCUCACGGUCUACAAAAAGCUCGUCAAGCAGGUUUGGGUAGGGUGCGGGUUGGGACUGUUCAUAUGUCUUGCGGUCGGCGGUGGCAUGAUCGGGGCCUUCUACGGGCUGGGAACAGACACUUUCUCCGGUACCGAAGAUAUCUGGGAAGGUGUACUGGGUAUCCUCGCUUCUAUCAUCAUUACAAUCAUGGGUGCCGCAUUGCUUCGUGUCUCCAAGAUCCAAGAGAAAUGGCGCGUGAAGCUCGCCAAAGCACUCGAACACGAGAAGAACACCAACGAAACGCGAAAGGGCCGACUCAAGCGGUGGAUGGAGAAAUACGUCAUGUUCUUUCUCCCAUUCAUCACGGUACUCCGUGAGGGCCUGGAAGCGGUCGUGUUCAUUGGCGGUAUCGGAAUCUCCUUGCCCGCUUCAUCGUUCCCUCUUGCGGUUUUCUGCGGCCUGGCUGCAGGAGGUUUAGUCGGAUAUCUGAUCUACAAGGGUGGACGAGAGACUUCCAUGCAGGUCUUCUUGAUCAUUUCGACCUGCUUCCUCUACCUCGUCGCAGGUGGUCUCUUCUCGCGAGGCGUGUGGUACUUCGAAAACAACGCCUGGAACCAUAUCAUUGGUGGCGAUGCAUCUGAGACCGGCUCUGGCCCUGGAUCCUACGACAUCCAGCAGAGCGUCUGGCACGUCAAUUGCUGUAACCCGGAAAUCGGAGGCGGCGGAGGCUGGGGUAUUUUCAAUGCUCUCCUUGGAUGGACCAACUCAGCUACGUAUGGCUCUGUUAUUUCAUAUAAUCUAUACUGGAUUUGUGUGAUGACUGCCUACAGCUUGAUGUUCUAUCGAGAACGGCGAGGCCACUUGCCAGUCAUUGACCCAGCUAUGCGAAAGGUUGCAUCAUACAAGGCACGGACUAAGGCAUUCGUCCUGCGUCGGCCAUAUGAAGAUCCCCACGGCGUUUCGGAGCCCGUUCAAGCCAGUGGCGGAAUUCAGCGAGGAGCGGUGGUGGAUGAAAAAAGCGCAGGGGCCAUAAUGCAGGACUCAACUGCAUCAUGA